AUGAGGGACUUCAGGUCGGACCGCUUUAACAGCAGUAACAGGCCGAGAAGAGACUACGCGGAACAGUCCGAACCUACUGGGGCUCAGGCAGUCCAUGCUAUGUUCCGAGAACCAUUGCAUAAGAUCCUAGAGAAUGUGAAGUGUGAACCCUUCUUUCCGUGGCCGAACAGGAUGGCAGGCGACCCCUCAAAACGCAAUCAGAAUCUGUACUGCGCGUACCACCAGGAGCCAGGUCACACCAUUGAUGAUUGCAGGAAUCUGAAAAACCAUUUGGAUCGGCUUGUCCGAGAAGGGAAGUUGAGGCAUUUGUUGAACCGCCCUGAAGGAUGGCAGGAACAGUCAAAUAUCGAAACCAGACAAAGCACAUUGAGGCCACCUAUUGGCACAAUAAAUGUUAUUCUUGUCGUACCUGGAAGGACCGGUUCCAGCCCUUUCAAAGUAAUGUCAGUGGGCAGGUUCUCGGCUGAGCCAGACGAAAGUGAAUCCAAGAGAGCCAGAGUGAGUGCCACGCCAUUAAUCGGGUUCUCGGAGGAGGACAAGCAAGGAACCUUUCAACCCCACGACGAUGCCCUAGUCGUCACGCUCAGAAUUGGAGGUUAUGACGUGAAAAGGGUGUUAGUUAAUCAAGGCAGUGCCGUGGAGGUAAUGUACCCUGAUUUGUACAAGGGGUUGAACUUGAAGCCAGAAGACUUGUCACCAUACGAUUCCCCUCUGUUAAUGGCAGAAUAG